AUGCAGAUUAAGAAUGAGUGCCUCACAUGUAGACACGGUGUGGCAGUCUUUGACAUGUCCUACUUUGGAAAGUUCUAUCUCUCUGGACCAGAUGCCAAGAAGGCGGCUGAUUGGCUGUUCACUGCUGAUGUCAACAAAAAGCCAGGUGAUGCAUACUACCUGGCCAUUGGAGGCGGUGUAGCAGAACACAACUGGAACCACAUCAGAACAGUUCUUCAGGACCGAGGCUUCCACUGCCAGCUGACAGACCACUCUGAGGACAUGGGGAUGAUCAGCAUACAGGGACCCAAAAGUCGAGAGGUGCUUCAGGAGGUGUUGGACACAGACCUGAACAAUGAAGCUUUCCCCUUCUCUACCCACAAGGUUGUCAACACAGCAGGGCAUCAGCCUAUCACGGCCCUGGAACGGGAUCGAGCUCUUCAGUUUGCAGGUUGGGUCCCCUCUCGUCGGGCUGAAGCAUGCCGUGGUGCCCCCUGGCUCAGAUCGGGGGUGUAA